GGUGCGGGUGCCGUCCGUAAUGCGGGUGACGUCCGUGGUGCGGGUGACGUCCGUGAUGCGGGUGACCUCCGUGAUACGGGUGACGUCCGUGAUGCGGGUGACGUCCGUGGUGCGAGUGACGUCCGUGAUGCGGGUGACGUCCGUGGUGCGGGUGACGUCCAUGGUGCGGGUGACGUCCGUAAUGCGGGUGACGUCUGUGGUGCGAGUGACGUCCGUGAUGCGGGUGACGUCCGUGGUGCGGGUGCCGUCCAUGAUGCGGGUGACGUCCGUGAUGCGGGUGACGUCCGUGGUGCGGGUGACGUCCGUGAUGCGGGUGACGUCCAUGGUGCGGGUGACGUCCGUGAUGCGGGUGACGUCCGUGGUGCGGGUGACGUCCGUGGUGCGGGUGACGUCCGUGGUGCGGGUGACGUCCAUGGUGCGGGUGACGUCCGUGGUGCGGGUGCCGUCCGUGAUGCGGGUGACGUCCGUGGUGCGGGUGACGUCCGUGAUGCGGGUGACGUCCGUGGUGCGGGUGACGUCCGUGAUGCGGGUGCCGUCCGUGGUGCGGGUGAC